GGCCAGUCACUGUUUUCGGAAUCCGACGUCCUAGAACGAUGCCCAGGGUAAAGGAAGGAAAAGGGAGCGCUAAAGGGACUCCCCCGCCGGUAGUCCAGAGUCUGCAAAAGUUCCUGAAAACCUACGAGAAGCACUGCGCAUGCUCCCAGACAGCCGUGUGUCCAGCCGUCCGGAGGGACCUGAAAAGCAGCAUCGCCAAUGAGCAGAGCCUCCGCAGGUCUUGCCUUCUGGAAUUGACGGGGCGCACACCCUGCCCAUUCACCACCCUGGAAAUCAUUGAUUGCCAGAUGGACCAGUGGUCGCUGGGGCGACUUGGGAAGGCUCUGCAGUUCAGUGGAUUGCAUUUUCUUGUCCUAGAUUACUGCAGAUUUGGAAAUGAGGAGAUAGAGCGCAUCUUCUCAGGCCUGGAAAACAAUAGGAAGCUUCAAGGCCUCAGUCUCCGGUACUGUGGGCUGGGCCCAGGGAGUGGGCCGCGGCUGGGCUUCAUCACCAGCCAGAGUGCCAUCUGCGAGCUGUACCUUGAUGGCAACGAUUUGCAGUGCUCUGGAGCCCUGGCUCUGCUCAGGCCCUUAGUGGAGUACCUGGAGAUGCAGGAGAAAGACCCGCCGGCCACAGCUGCUCCCAACACCGGAAAUCCCCCUCGGCUGCUCCACAAAAUCAAGAAUAAAAAGCGUUUGGCUGAAGCCGGUCCUUGGUUAGUGAAGUUGCACUUGGCAGACAAUGGCAUAGACGGCAAGGGAGGAGAAGGAGGCCUGUGGGAAUUCACUAGAAUGCUGACGUGCCUGAUCGCACACUCUGCCCAUGUAAGGGAAAUUGACCUCGGGAACAAUGCCCUGGGAGAAACGGCUGCUGCUGCUGUCCUUGGAGCCCUGAGAGCCAGGAAGACAGGUAGACUACCCGUCCUAAAAAUUACGGUCACUCCCCAGAUCUCUUCAGACACCUUUAGAUCUAUUUGGAAAAAUAGCAAGAAAUCCAGUACUACCUACAAAAAGAAGAAAAAGGCACGGUCUAGGGUGUCUGUGUUGGCUAAAAACUGAAUGCAGAUGCCUCUUUCCCUAUGGAGGUCAUUUAUUCCCACAGCCAACAAGACUUGUUUGGAAAGACUUUGCUUGUCCUGCAGUAAUAUUUUUCUUUAUAACCAACCCCCUCCCCACUCCCCUUUUUUUUGAGACAGGGUUUCGCUCUGCAGGUCA